AUGACCAUGGGCUGUACAGCCGCGCCCUGUAUCUACAAGAAGGGCACAACACUGGACGUACUGAUCACACUCCAGGCCAGCUUUGACGGAGCGGGAGAUCCGCGAAAGAAAACAUCGGAAAUAUUUGUCGACUUAAACAUAGGAGAGUACCGACAAAGUAAUGGAUACGCUGUCAGUGGUGUGCUUACAAAGGAUGUGGUGGUGAACCAAACGUAUACACUGUCCCAACCAUUAUCUAUGGCCACCGAUAAGAAUUACGACGAGCAUAACCCCGAAGAUCCUGAUGCACCGCAAUAUGGAUCGCCCACGGGUCCACGGGAUGUCGAAAUCACUACCUGGAUGCUUAAUUAUGAGCUCAUUAAAACCCGAGUUAGCCUGGCCACAUUUAAAGUGAAUAUCGUUGAUUAA